AUGAAAUUGCCAUUUAAUAUAGUUUUGACUCCAAUUUUGAAACCGUAUUUGGGAAAUAUAAAGUCGUAUUGUCAACAAUAUACAUUUGUAAUUAGUUACUAUUAUACUUGCUUCUACGGGACUGUCGGUUUAUUUAUUAGUAUUCAUCACCUAAAAACACAUUUAGGAGAACAGCCGAUGGCGUCGACGGAGAAUAUUUACAAUUUCAUGAUCAUUCACGAUUUGAAGAUCAUAGCGACCUCAAUGGGCUUCAUACAAUAUGUUUGUCUGCUUAUAGGAUGUUUAACAGAGAACCCAGCAUUAUUUCUACCACAUUUAUUCGGGCAGCUUGUCGUAAUAUUCAUUAAAAUAGUGAACGCUUUUUUUUCACUAACAAGAACAAAUUCGAAGUCAUUACGAGGGCUUCUGCACAAAGCACUUAGUAUUUUGAUAAUGACUUUCAAUUGGAUGCAGGAAUUUUGCGUUUUUAGAUUGUUUCUGUGUGUUUGUGAUUUGUGA